GCACGGAGAGCCAGCUCUGGGUUCUGCACGCGAGUCUGCACGAGGUGAGGGAGAGAUGGAGGACUCUGCCUCAACUCCUGCCUCAACCUCAGCUACAACCUCAACCGCAACGUCAGCUUCGACCUCAGCGACUCCAGCCGCACUGGAACAGCUGGAUAAAGGGCAGAUCAGAAAGGCAGUGGAAGCUCUGUUGGCACGUUCCAGGUCCAGAAAAAACGCGAAUGGAUUGCUUUUGAACGAGAAUGAAAAUUUCUUUCUAAUGGUGAUAUUAUGGAAAAUUCCAAGUAAAGAACUAAGGGUCAGAUUGUCCUUGCCUCAUGGUAUUCGAUCAGAUUUAGCAGAUGUCUGUUUAUUUACUAAGGAUGAACCCAAUGAAAAGACAGAACAUUUUUAUAAGAAGCUUUUAAACAACCAUGGAAUUAAAACCAUUUCUCAGAUUAUCCCCUUCCGCACUUUAAAAAGGGAGUAUAAAGCCUAUGAGGCCAAGCUCCGCCUCCUGGGGAGUUUCGACCUCUUCCUUACUGAUGCAAGAAUCAGACGGCUCUUACCCUCACACCUUGGGAGACAUUUCUAUAAGAGAAAGAAAGUUCCAGUACCUGUAAACCUUAAAGCCAAGAAUCUUUCCAAAGAGAUCAACGCAUCGAUAGGUGGAACUGUCUUAAACAUCUCUAAAAGUGGUUCUUGCAGCACCAUACGCAUCGGUCACACUGGAAUGCAGGCUCAGCACAUCACUGAAAAUAUUGUUGCUGUCACGAAAAUGCUUUCACAGAAAUUGCCAGAGAAGUGGGAGAGUGUGAAACUCUUGUAUGUGAAAACUGAGAGAUCAGUUGCCCUGCCCAUCUUUUCUUCAUUUGUCAGUAGUCGUGAUGAAGCCAAAGAAGUGUGCACUCCUAGUCAGAAGAAAAAAGAAGAAAAGAAAAUACAAAGGCGAAAAGAAUAUAAUGAAAAACAAAAGGAGAAGAAAAGAAACAAAAGUCUUAUGAAACAGGCUGGAAAGGCUACACCAGCCCUAACUGCAGAGGAGGCGGCCCCUAAAACUAGUGGUGAUCCAGUGAAGGACCCUGGACCCCAGAAAAAAGGGACGCCCAAGCCUGGGAAGAAAGCGCCAUGCAGAGUAAAAGCCCAAAAUAAAGUGCAAGACGAGUCUGAAGAAGAAAUUCCACUACUCGUUCCAAUAGGAGAAACUCCCCCCAAAGACGAUGUAGAAAUACAAAAACAUGCCACAGGAAAGAAGUCUCCAAAAAAGAGUCCUGGUCCCAACACACCUCGUGGGAAGAAGAGAAGAAAGUCCAUUCCAGCUUUGGAGACCCCAAAAGCAGCAGAGCCCAAGAGUCCAGGUAGAAGCCCAGGGAAGAAGCCAAGAAUCAAAGAAGAGGUGGAGAAAGAGAGAAACUCUCAAUUGGGGAAAAAAGACCCAAGACAGACGCCCAAAAAGCCAGAGGCCAAGUUCUUCACUACAGCUAAUAAAUCUGCAAGGAAAGCUCCCCGCACCCCCAAACAAUGGCCCAAAAAAUCCAAAGUGCUCCAGUCGACCUAAAUGACUGAACCAGGAGGAAACGUCAGAGCUGCCUGGAAAGCUUUUGAAAAAUACCCAGAUCCUAUUACAAUUUUCCCCAAUAGCGAGGGCUCAACCUAAACGUGUUUAAAUCCCCAUGAGUGAUCCUGUUGUACGUUUGUAGGUGUAAGAACAGUAUUUUGAAUCCAUGUUUUAAAUUGCUCUUCCGUGUAUUUGCCAAUAUAGUAGAAAAUACAGUGCUUUUAUUAAAGUGUAACGUUUGCU